AUGACGUGCAACAUGUACGAAGCAGCUAAAAGUUGACAACACGAAAGAAAUCAAACGUUUAAUAUGAGUGAAGUUAACAACCCAAAAAGAUUCACUCCAUUCGACAAAGGCAUCAAACUGGUGUCAAAACCAAACGAAAUUGAUGUAUGGGAUGAUGAUCCAGAUGUUUUAAGAGCUGAGUUAUCUUGCGGCCACGUCACAGAUCCAGAGACACUGACUGACUGUUGCAAAGCUCAACUGGAUAAAGGACAGACUGAAUUCAGAUGUCCCCUGUGCGAGGCAGAAUGGCCAUAUGAUGAAGUGCGAAAACUGGCGAAACUUACAGUUGAUGAGCAAUCCCGUUUUGAGGAAAAGCUUGGGACAAACACUGUUAAGAAGUUAAUGGACUUCAGGGAUUGUCCUGGUUGUGACACCUUAAUUGAAAGAUCAGAUGGUUCCAAUCUCUGUGUGCUGUGCUCAGUUUGCACAGCGAAGAACAAAAAACCUUUUGAAUUCUGCUGGAAUUGUAUGGGAGCGUGGAAAGGACAUCAACUUAGUACUAAUCAGUGUGGUAAUGAGGGAUGUUCCAUUCACCAGAAAUUGCUGAAAGAGUGUCCAAUGAUUACUUUAGAAUAUUUUGAUAAUGAGGUGCAGUGUCCAAAACUGCGUAAAUGUCCACAUUGUGACACAAUGAUUGAACAUACGAAUAAGGGAUGUAAUAACAUGACAUGCCCUAACUGUAACAUGGAGUUUUGCUUUGUUUGUUUAAAUCCUGGACAUGACUAUGAUGAUGACAAUCCAUGCACAGUCGCACCACGGCAACACUGAUUCUUAAUGAAGACAAUAUGUUUUAGAUAUUGGUUUUUAUUUUUUUAUUCUAUGUCAUAUGGAUAUAUAAAGUGAGGUUUGCUGUCCAAUAUGUAAGUAUUUCAAGCCUUUAUUUUAAUUUACAUUUAUUCACUUUAUAACUUAAA